AUGUUUGAAGCAACUUUGUCGGAGCCGUACGAAUUGGUCAAACCCACGCAGCCGAACGCAAAGGCCAUACCAUCCCUAGAUCCCAAAUCUAGAGUGCUUAUCGAGAGAGUAAAGACUUUUUUCGAAGAACUGAAAAGGAGACUUGGGAAUGAAUGCCGCCGCACGAUCUUCAACUCACCGGGAAAGCUCACUGCGUUAGCUUGCGGAGUACACGAGGCGACGGUCUACCGAGUAGCGAAGACCCAGGCCGGAAUGGUGCACCGUCCAAUUCCUCGCACAAAGCAUGUGGAACGGAAUCCGCGCCAGCGAAGGAGAGAUGCCUUACAGAAAUAUGGCGACCAAUGGGGCAGCGUGGUACGCCAUUUCAUCCACGACAAACUGCGCGCGGAGAGGCAUGUUACGGUAGAAGACGCAUGGAAGGAGCUGGGCGAGAUUCAUGAGGGAUUUCGGAUGUCUCAGACGGAAUUUAGGGAUGAAACUACUAUGGAUUGA